UUAGUGACUGCCUAUUCUUGUCUACGUUUUGUUAUGCCAUCACCUAUCCCUCUCAGUCGCUUUCUUCCUGUGGAGUUUUCCCCAUCCGUGGAUUUACGGCCCUGCAGCAGCCCCUUAGUGAUCCCUGGUAAAGAUGGAAAAAGCUUCUUGGGGGGAACCCCUUUGCUCAGGACUCGCCGCCUACCCCCGCGCCUGGCCUGGUGCUCCAUAGACUGGGACCAGCUCUGCCUCCUGCAGCCCCUUGGCUCUGGCGGCUUCGGCUCUGUCUACAAAGCCACGUACCACGGUGCGACUGUGGCUGUGAAGCAGGUGAAGAAGAGCAGCAAGAACAGGCUGGCAUCGCGGCAGAGCUUCUGGGCYGAGCUGAACGUAGCCCGCCUGCAGCACGCGAACGUGGUGCGCGUGGUGGCCGCCAGCACCUGCGCGCCCGCCAGCCAGAACAGCCUGGGCACCAUCAUCAUGGAGUACGUGGGCAACAUCACCCUGCACCAUGUAAUCUAUGGCACUAGUGACACGUGGAGGCAGGCGGAGGACGAUGAAGGAGCAUGUGGAAAAAAGGCCCUGAGCAUGGAGGAGACUGUGUGUUAUUCUUGUGACAUUUUGACUGGCUUAGCUUUUCUUCACUCGCAGGGCAUUGUGCACUUGGACCUCAAGCCUGCCAACAUCUUCAUCACUGAACAGGGAGCGUGCAAGAUUGGAGACUUUGGGUGCUCCCAGCGACUGGAGGACGGCCUGUCGCCGAGCGCGCAGGUUUGCCAGCAAGGGGGCACAUACACCCACCGCGCGCCCGAGCUCCUCAAGGGGGAGCGGGUCACCGCCAAGGCCGACAUCUUCUCCUUCGGCAUCACCCUGUGGCAGCUGGUGACGCGGGAGCAGCCCUACGUGGGCGAGCGGCAGCACGUGCUCUACGCCGUGGUGGCCUACGGCCUGCGGCCGCCCCUCGACGCCGCCAUGGCAUUUAAAGAUACCGGCAAAGCACCUGUGGAACAAGAAGUCGCAAUUCAUCGGAUUAGGAUUACUUUGACAAGUCGCAAUGUAAAAUCCCUUGAAAAGGUCUGUGCCGACUUGAUCAGAGGUGCGAAGGAAAAAAACCUAAAGGUGAAAGGACCGGUUCGCAUGCCCACCAAGACUCUGCGAAUUACUACCAGGAAGACACCUUGUGGUGAGGGCUCUAAGACCUGGGAUCGUUUCCAAAUGCGCAUCCAUAAGCGACUCAUUGACCUGCACAGCCCUUCCGAGAUUGUCAAGCAGAUCACUUCCAUCAGCAUUGAACCAGGUGUAGAAGUUGAAGUCACUAUUGCUGAUGCCUAAGUGAUGGUCAUCCACUUUUAAUAAAGUUGAUUUGCAAAUUUUU